UGUGUGUUCAUAACCUGUUCAGUCCGCAAUGACGUCACAAACGUACCAUAGAGAGAGAGAAACCCGGAAAAAGGAGGAAAAAAGGUGUGACUAUAGCGGAGGACUUCCGGGUUCUGCAGAGAUUGGAGAGGCCGGUACUGAGGACACAAUGGCAGAUCCCAACAAGCCUCAGAGAAAGAUGUCCCGGACAGGCACCUCCCUGUACAUGGUGCUGGGCCUGGAGAAAGGGGCAUCCCAGGACGAAAUAAAGAAAGCGUACAGGAAGUUGGCCCUGCGCUAUCAUCCAGACAAAAACCCAGAUAAUCCGGAUGCUGCCGAGAAGUUUAAGGAAAUAAACAACGCUAACACCACCCUGAGUGAUGAUAACAAACGCAAGAUCUAUGACGAGUACGGAUCCAUGGGGCUGUAUGCCGCUGAGCAGUUUGGGGAUGAGAGCGUCAAGUACUACUUCCUCAUGUCUAAGUGCUGGUUUAAGGCUCUAGUCAUUUUCUGUAGUCUUGCGACCUGUUGCUGCUGCUGCUGUUGUUGCGCGUUUUGCUGUGGUCGGUGUAAACCGCCUGAAGAGGAUGAGGAUGCGUACAAAUGUGUGAAUCCUGAGGACCUGGAAGCCCAAAUCAGAGCAGAAGAGGGUGAGGACACAAUAAACGUUCAGCCCACUUCAGGUCCUCCCAUUUACCCUGAACCAACCCAACAGAAGUCCUAACACUGUCCCACUAGCCAUUUACUAGCCCAGCUGUGGCUACUUCAGAUGGGACACCUCUCACUUUACUUUUGGAGGCCUGGCUCAGCGCUUGCUGACGGUAGAGGAGGUUUCCAUUAACAGCAAGUGCCACGUCUCUGCCGAUCCUCAUCCCACUUCCAUGGUCUGCAAGGAGAAAGGCGCAACAAACUCAUCUCUGCACAAAAACCAACGCCUGAGCCAGCCUUGCAUUGUCCUAGCUGAACAUUUGAACUGUUGAAGGGGGGAUGCAGAGGGUGAGGAUGAGCAACAUCCAACCAAAGAAUACCCCUCCUCUACAACCCUUCCCUUGUUUGACUCUUAUUCAUGUCUCCGUGUCUGUGGUUCUGAGGAAAAGGGACUUCAACUCAUGAUCUGGCUUUUCCAGAUAGGAUCUCUCCUGGUGUAGAAGCGAUGCUGUUCUCACGUGAGGCUCUGUGUAGUUUGGGGCCUGCACCCCGUACCCCUUUGCUGUCGGAUACAAAUCCUGUAGAAGAGAUGCUGUUCUCACGUGAGGCUCUGUGUAGUUCUUGGCCUGCACCCCGUACCCCUUUGCUGUCGGAUACAAAUCCUGUAGAAGAUAUGCUGUUCUCACGUGAGGCUCUGUGUAGUUUGGGGCCUGCACCCCGUACCCCUUUGCUGCCGGAUACAAAUCCUGUAGAAGAGAUGCUGUUUUCACCUGAGGCUCUGUGUAAUUCUUGGCCUGCACCCCGUACCCCUUUGCUGUCGGAUACAAAUCCUGUAGAAGAGAUGCUGUUUUCACGUGAGGCUCUGUGUAAUUCUUGGCCUGCACCCCGUACCCCUUUGCUGCCGGAUACAAAUCCUGUAGAAGAGAUGCUGUUUUCACGUGAGGCUCUGUGUAAUUCUUGGCCUGCACCCCGUACCCCUUUGCUGUCGGAUACAAAUCCUGUUUCUCCUAGGCUGAGAUUUAGCCUUCAAGCAAGCAAAUCAACAUGUAACACUGAGCUUGAUUCUGUUAACGAUGCCAGAAGCUUUAGCAGCUUAAUCUCUCGUGCAUGGCUGUUGCCCAAACUAACAGUGCUCUGUACAGUAGCAUCUAUUGUGGGAACAAGUAAAGACUCCGUGUGUAUGACCAGCAGCAGAGAGAAGGGCUACUAUCCCUUGUUAACCCUUCCGUUUCCUUCAUCCCUGUUUGUUUUGUUAUCACUGCUGCUGUGUUUGUGUAAAUAAGUCAUUUGCUAAGUAGCCUCAUUAGUGGUGCACCACCAGCAAUCUUCUACAUGAACUGAUAUUCCCAGAGGGGGAAGAAUGGGAAUCAGCAGAUCCACCAUUAUGGGGUCUGUAUCACACACCGCCAUUUAUGUAAUGUUUUUUAUUUUAGAAUCCAGUAGCAAUCAGUUCUAUCUAUCUUGUGUUUGGAGGAUAUAUGCAGCGGUUGGACGGGGGAGCACAAAGCACAAAUUGUCUACCGGUGCACCGGUCUCUCAUAUUUAAGCACUUUUUAUGUGUAUCUGAUGUGAAUAUAGCUCUGAGCUGCCCCAUUAUUUCAGUGUGUAUGAAAGCAUACGCUAUUCUCUGUGUCAUUGUGCAACUGUCCAGCUCUCAUUACAAACACCAGGACCAUUUUUGAAACAUUUCAAUAAAUAUUUUUCUUUUAUGGAACCCAGGAGCAGUUUAGCUUUUCAUGUAAAAUCUUAGGUUUCUAUACCUAUUUUAAAUACUCCCACUCAUACGAGCAUACUCCUAUAUGCACACACCCACUCAUACAAGCAUACUCCUAUAUGCACACACCCACUCAUACAAGCAUACUCCUAUAUGCACACACCCACUCAUACAAGCAUUCUCCUAUAUGCACACACCCACUCAUACAAGCAUACUCCUAUAUGCACACACCCACUCAUACAAGCAUACUCCUAUAUGCACACACCCACUCAUACAAGCAUACUCCUAUAUGCACACACCCACUCAUACAAGCAUACUCCUAUAUGCACACACCCACUCAUACAAGCAUACUCCUAUAUGCACACACCCACUCAUACAAGCAUUCUCCUAUAUGCACACACCCACUCAUACAAGCAUACUCCUAUAUGCACACACCCACUCAUACGAGCAUUCUCCUAUAUGCACGCACCCACUCGUACGAGCAUACUCCUAUAUGCACGCACCCACUCGUACGAGCAUACUCCUAUAUGCACACACCCACUCAUACAAGCAUACUCCUAUAUGCACACACCCACUCAUACGAGCAUACUCCUAUAUGCACACACCCACUCAUACGAGCAUACUCCUAUAUGCACACACCCACUCAUACGAGCAUACUCCUAUAUGCACACACCCACUCAUACGAGCAUACUCCUAUAUGCACACACCCACUCAUACAAGCAUACUCCUAUAUGCACCCACCCACUCAUACAAGCAUACUCCUAUAUGCACACACCCACUCAUACGAGCAUACUCCUACAUGCACACACCCACUCAUACAAGCAUACUCCUACAUGCACACACCCACUCAUACAAGCAUACUCCUAUAUGCACGCGCCCACUCAUACGAGCAUACUCCUACAUGCACGCACCCACUCAUACAAGCAUACUCCUAUAUGCACGCGCCCACUCAUACGAGCAUACUCCUACAUGCACGCACCCACUCAUACGAGCAUACUCCUAUAUGCACACACCCACUCAUACAAGCAUACUCCUAUAUGCACGCACCCACUCAUACAAGCAUACUCCUAUAUGCACGCACCCACUCAUACAAGCAUACUCCUAUAUGCACACACCCACUCAUACAAGCAUACUCCUAUAUGCACACACCCACUCAUACAAGCAUACUCCUAUAUGCACACACCCACUCAUACAAGCAUUCUCCUAUAUGCACACACCCACUCAUACAAGCAUUCUCCUAUAUGCACACACCCACUCAUACAAGCAUACUCCUACAUGCACACACCCACUCAUACAAGCAUACUCCUAAAGCGACACUCGCACAAGCAUACACCUACAUGCACCCACCCACUCACUCAUACAAGCAUGCUCCUACAUGCACACACCCACUCAUACAAGCAUACACCUACAUGCACACACCCACUCAUACAAGCAUGCUCCUACAUGCACACACCCACUCAUACAAGCAUACUCCUACAUGCAUACACCCACUCAUACAAGCAUACUCCUAAAGCGACACUCGCACAAGCAUACACCUACAUGCACCCACCCACUCAUACAAGCAUGCUCCUACAUGCACACACCCACUCAUACAAGCAUACACCUACAUGCACACACCCACUCAUACAUGCAUACACCUACAUGCACACACCCACUCAUACAAGCAUACACCUACAUGCACACACCCACUCAUACAUGCAUACACCUACAUGCACACACCCACUCAUACAUGCAUACACCUACAUGCACACACCCACUCAUACAAGCAUGCUCCUACAUGCACCCACCCACCCACAGUAGCAUGCUCCUACAUGCACACACCCAUUCACUGAAGCACACUCCUACAUGCACACACCCACUCACUCAAGCACACUCCUACAUGCACACACCCACUCACUCAAGCACACUCCUACAUGCACACACCCACUCACUCAAGCACACUCCUACAUGCACACACCCACUCACUCAAGCACACUCCUACAUGCACACACCCACUCACUCAAGCACACUCCUACAUGCACACACCCACUCACUCAAGCACACUCCCAUAUGCACACACUCACUCAAGCACACUCCCAUAUGCACACACUCACUCAAGCACACUCCUACAUGCACACACCCACUCACUCAAGCACACUGCUACAUGCACACACCCACUCACACAAGCAUACUCAUACAAGCGCAGUCCUAAAUUUACACGCACACACACCUACUCACACAAGCACACUCCUGAACAUGCAUACACCCACUCACACAAACAUACACCUAUGCAUGCACCCACUCACACAAGCUAAUAGACAGUUGCAAAAAGAACUAGAACAAAUAAUGUGAUACAGGUGCCCAUGUUAAUAAUCAAGUUGCUUUAGAUAAACAAAUCUAUGUGUUCAUUGAUUACAAUAGUAUAGGAUAGCUACUCCCUCUACCAGACAGGAUUAAUGUGUCAGUGGAGAUAGUGUUAGUGUAACAUAUGAUCAGAAAUAAUUCAGCAAGCACCAACCCAUUGGCAGGCCAUGGUCCUCACUGGGAUUGCUGCGGGUGAGUAUGCCCCGCCCAUUACAUGAUACUAGCGACCCCAGUUGACUUGUAUGCUCCUUGAGUGAUUUGCUGGUUCACUGAUUGAAACCACUAGGUUUGAGAAUACACUCACUGCCCCAGUGAUGGCGCCAGAGUAAACGGCCACAAGGACUGAGUGUGACCCCCCACGUGCCUGUCACACUGUCAUGUUCACAUUUAUUUGUCUGCACUGUCGUCGGCUUCUGGUUUGUACCAAGCACUUCUCUUGUCCCUACAACUACAUUGCUUAUGUAACCCCUUCACUGCCAGAUUGUUGAGUCUGCAUGAGUGCACUUAUUUGUUAGCUGGUGGGUUAAAAUCUCCCAAAAGGAAUAUAUUGUGCCACCUGCUAUUCCCCUGCUACCAUGGCAGCUCAUGUAUCUCUGGCAGCUGAGGGGUAACUUCUCCCUAAUAAAGAUUUUUGCCAAAUGUAAACAUAUGUCACCAGCGCAUGGCAGUGCCAAUGUUUAACAGAACUGUACAUGAUGCCACCCUGCGGAGGCUCCAGUGCCAGGGGGUGUCCUCUCUUGCCGACUGGAGUAUCAAUAAAGUAUAAGUCCUCACCCA